CAACACAAGGGUUCAGUACCAAUACAGAAGAUGUGACUAUUGAUAAGGAAUGCUCAGUUGCCACCCAAUAUGACUGUAGUACGAGGGAAAAGGAAUUACAUGUAUAUAGCUGUAAUUUCUGCCAACAGAGCUUUUCUUCAAAAUACAGACUCAUAAUGCAUGUGUUUAUGCACAUUGAUGGAACGCAACCACCUUCGUAUGAUUGUAAGUGGUGUGGUGAGGUAUUUCACAGUAAUGUUGGCUUGAAAAAGCAUAUGACAAUGAGUAAGAAUUGUCAAGUUUUAACUGCUGACAGUCAUGAAAAAUAUGCACAUAGUGAUGAGCAUCAAACCACUACCUCGUUGGAUAGCGAGGCAGAAGUUUCUGUCACAGAACACAAUGACCAGUCUUCAUGUAAGGAAACUUGGAAAGAUUCAAAGAAGCCCUCUAAUGACAUAUGUAACACACAUAUGACAAAUGAUAGAGAGAAAACAAGUAAUUAUGGAACUUUGUCUAUAGCUGUUAAUGUCAGCGCCCAGGCUGAUCUACUUACUGCCAACAGAACUGACAGAUGUGGUAUUUGUGGCAAAUUGUUUGCUAGGUCAGGUGAUCUCGAGAGACAUGUUUCCAUUCAUACUGGGAAAAGACUUCACAAAUGUGAUUUUUGUGAGAAAUGGUUUGCCCAGUCACGUUAUCUAAAGGCUCACACAUUAAUUCACACUGGAAAGAAACCUUACAUGUGCGAGAUUUGUGGGAAAUCUUUUACUAUGUUAGGUGGUCUUAAGAAACAUUCAUUACUUCACACUGGAAAUAAACCUCACAAAUGUGAGAUUUGUGGGAAAUCAUUUACUAUAUUAGGCAAUCUUAACAAACAUAUAUUAAUUCACACUGGCAAGAAACCUCACAAAUGUGAGAUGUGUGGGAAAGCUUUUGUGUUUUCAAGCUAUCUGAAGGCACACUCAUUAAUUCACAAUGGAAGGAAACUUCACAAAUGUGAGAUUUGUGGGAAAUCUUUUACUAUAUUAGGUAAUCUGAAGAAACAUUUAUUAAUUCACACUGGAAAUAAACCCCACAAAUGUGAGAUUUGUGGGAAAUCUUUUGCUAGGGCAGAUCAUUGCAAGACACACACAUUAUUUCACAUUGGAAAUAAACGUCACAAAUGUGAGAAUUGUGGGAAAUCUUUUACUAUAUUAGCCAAUCUUAACAAACACUUAUUAAUUCACACUGGAAAGAAACCUCACAAAUGUGAGAUUUGUGGGAAAUCUUUUGCUGCGUCAGGCUAUCUCAGGAAUCAUGUUUUAAUUCACAGUGGAAAGAAACCGCACAAAUGUGAGAUUUGUGGGAAAUCUUUCACUAUGUCAAGCCAUCUCAAGAAACACGUAUUAAUUCACACUGGAAAGAAACCCUACAUGUGCGAGAUUUGUGGGAAAUCUUUUACUAUGUUAGGUGAUCUCAACAAACAUGUAUUAAUUCACACUGGAAAGAAACCUCACAAAUGUGAGAUUUGUGGGAAAUCUUUUACUGUAUUAGGCAAUCUUAACAAACAUGUAUUAAUUCACAAUGGAGAGAAACCUCACAAGUGUGAGAUUUGUGGGAAAUCUUUUACUAUGUUAGGUGAUCUCAAGAAACACUCAUUAAUUCAUACUGGAAAUAAACCUCACAAAUGUGAGAUUUGUGGGAAAUCUUUUGCUAGGGCAGAUAAUUGCAAGACACACUCACAAUUUCACACUGGAAGUAAACGUCACAAAUGUGAGAUUUGUGGGAAAUCUUUUACUAUAUUAGGCAAUCUUAACAAACAUUUAUUAAUUCACACUGGAAAGAAACCCCACAAAUGUGAGAUUUGUGGGAAAUCUUUUACUAUGUUAGGUGAUCUCAAGAAACAUGUAUUAAUUCACACUGGAAAGAAACCUCAUAAAUGUGAGAUUUGUGGGAAAUCUUUUACUAUAGUAGGCAAUCUUAACAAACACGUAUUAAUUCACACUGGAGAGAAACCUCACAAAUGUGAGAUAUGUGGGAAAGCAUUUGCGUUGUCAUGCUAUCUGAAGGAACACAUAUUAAUUCACACUGGAAAGAAACCUUACAUGUGCGAGAUUUGUGGGAAAUCUUUUACUAUGUCAGGUAAUCUCAAGAAACAUUCAUUAAUUCACACUGGAAAGAAACCUCUCAAAUGUGAGAUCUGUGACAAAAGUUUCACUUACUUGGAUACUCUCAAGACACAUGCAUUACUUCACGUCAGAAAGAAAAUGUAAUUAUGUGUUAGUUUACACAAAUAGGUUUUCGUGGUUGGUGCCCUGAAGGCCUAUAAAAUAAUGUAUGUACCAGGGGACAAUAAAUUGUACUUUCGGUGAAAUAACUUUAAAAUCUAGUAGAAUUGUGAAAAAACUUGUAAUGAUGUGUAGUAUAGAGUGCUAACAGAUAAUGUGACAAAAAAUUCAUAUAUGUAGCUUCAGAUGCCAUGAAAUCGUAUUACCAAAUACUCAAGAAACAUGAAUCAAAUAUGUUUUUGUCAUUAGCACUGCUGCUUUUUCCUAUUACCUUGUGACAAGAAGAUUGUGAAUUGUGAUAAAUCCUUACAUUUGUCAGUAAUCAUAAGUAUCUUGCAAUAUUCAGUAUAAGGCCAAGGAAAUGUGAUGACUUGCUGCUUAAUAUUCCAAACAAAGUCAUCAUGUAGUACAUGUAACUCUGUAUUUUAGAAACAGUGACUGUAAAAAGCACUUGCUUCAUUGAGGCUAGUAAACUCAAUACUGGAGAAACAUGAUUAUAACAAUUAUUUUACUCAGAUAUGUUUUCGCAAGAGACUUGGUGUGUCAUUAAUAGUGUGUACAUUUGUGUUCUGUUGGUAGUAAUCCUGCAUUAGUAAACGUAACAACAAAUAUAAGAACCUGCUUAAUAGCAUAUUUGGCCACCUUUGGAAUACAGUAGUUUGAAAAUUCUAAAUGAUAUGGACUUGACACAUCAUUUACAUGUUUCUGGGUGUAUGUUGCACCAGUUGUAUUCCACACGUUUAGAUUAGCUAAAUGGUAUGGUCAAGACAUCAGUGUUAGUUACCAUGCUACUCAGACCAUGCACAUGUGACAUGGACAAUUAUCCUGCUGAAAGAUGCCUCCACUAUGGGAGACCACACCAGGAAUGAAGGAAUCCAUGCAGUUGCAAUAAAUGUCACGUAGUCUGCAACUGUCAUGAUGCCUUCUGUUGCUAACAGGUGUCCCACAGGAGCCAAAGUGACUGCCCCCAUAGCAUAAUGGGCCCUCUAUUUGGUGCCAUUCAUUUAGAUGAUAGCAUAUCUGGAUGUGCAACUGACCUGGUGUAACAGGAAAUGUCACCCAUCCUGACAGUUAACAUUUGAAUUGACCCUCACUCCAGCCUCAAUGAUCCCUUGCCCACUGCAGUUGCAAGUUAACAUUUUGGUGGAAUCGGUAUGGAAACAUACAGUGACCAUAUGUUCCAGAGCCACACGUUCCACAAUGUACAUUGAACUGUGAGUUCCAAAACGUGUAUGGCUGCCCCAGCGUUGUUUUCUGUCAUUAGAUAUGUCACAUGUUGCCACAUACCCAGCUUUACAGAGCAGGCAAGCUUCUGACUUCCAUACUUUGUGAAGAAGUAUAGAUGUAUUACAUCUUAUCAUAAUGUUAUGGACUUAUUACCUUUCAGCCAAUUUCCUCAGAUGUUCACAACACUAGCAUAGAUCCAUUGUACCAACUUUUGAGGUGCUAGUUCCCAACUGCAAUGCCACUUUAACUUGCCCUUUGCUAAAGUCAUUUACAUCAUUAAAUUUACAUGUUUGCAGCUCAUCUUACUGAUAGAACAAAAAGUGUAAAUAUCUGGUCUGCUUAUAUACUUGUAAACUGCUUAUUGCAUCAUGUGCAUACAACAUGGUGUUCAUUCUUCUCAUGAACAGUGUUCAUGACAUUUUUGCCCAUCAGUGCAUCUUCAUUUAAAUGGGUCAGAUGCGGAAAUGUGUAAUCUAAGAAAUUCAUCAUGCUUGGCUGCCAUUUACACUAGUGCACAAUAGCUAUAUUUUUUUGUGAAAUAUUUUUGUUUCACAAAGCUCUGUACAUAAUUCAGAGAUAAUAUAGGUAAGUGUUAUCCACCAAAGCUCUUAAUUACUUGUUCAGCAUCUAAUACUGCGUAAGUUCUACAAAAAAAAAAAAAAAA